GUGCCGCCUCGCGCUCUCUCACAGCCCCUUCCCUAGGUGUCGGAGUACCGAAGCUCACCCCUUUUCUCAUCAUGUCGAAGCGUGGGCGCGCCGGUGCCCAGGGCAACAAGUACCGCAUGACCCUCGGUUUGCCCGUGGCCGCGGUCAUGAACUGCUGCGACAACAGCGGGGCCAAGAACCUGUACAUCAUCUCGGUGUGCGGCAUCAAGGGUCGCCUGAACCGCCUGCCCUCCGCCGGUGUCGGUGACAUGGUGAUGGCCACUGUCCGCAAGGGAAAGCCGGAGCUCAGGAAGAAGGUGAUGCCUGCCGUUGUGGUGAGGCAGCGCAAGGCCUGGAGGCGGAAGGACGGUGUGUUCAUCUACUUCGAGGACAAUGGCGGCGUUAUUGUCAACAACAAGGGAGAGAUGAAGGGUUCCGCGAUCAACGGCCCCGUGGCUAAGGAGUGCGCCGACCUGUGGCCCCGUAUCGCCAGCAACGCUGGGUCCAUCGUCUAAGAGAAGAAAUGACGCUCGCAAGACCACCCACCUUUGUCGUCGACAAGAUGACACCGGUGGCGGCACACCUCGAUGAAAACUGUUCUUAUUCCGCUCGCCUGUCUACUGGGUUGAAGUGCAGACAUUGUCCGCGGCUUUGUGUGGAGUUUGAGCCUCUUGAGUUCCGUUGAGAAGCGCAGAUGAGAGAGGCGAGGAAAGGGGGGGGGGAGCUGCAAUUCUGAAUUUAACAAGGGUUCAGACAACCUUGUAUUUGGUGCCUCCGGCACAAAUGCUGUGCCCAUGUUUGAUAGCGUGGCGUGCUGGCAAUGAAGCGGCAGCUUUGCUGUAGCUUUGCGGUAUGGGUUGUACGAGGCAGAAAGCUUCCCAAGCGACAUGUGUUCGCACGCACUUUGUUCUGCCCUCGUUACGUGCAAUCGCUACUGUCAAGCUGCGCACAGUCGUUGUCGCGCUGCGCCUCACAUUUAGGUGCGUUGCGCGGUGCGCACGGCACAAGCUGCGUCUUGUCAUGUCAUUACACCACCCGUAAAUACCACGAUCCACGAACCAACCUGGUUCGAGAAAGGGCCGUGCGCGACGAGAGACAGCCGGC